AAGGCCACGCGCAAGGGACAGUGGCUAAACUGGGGCUCGUGCGCCGCUGGCGAGUUUGCCGUUGAGAUACAGCAGCGGAUUGAUAGCAGCGGCACGGGGUCGGGUCUGAAUGCAUUGAAAAUGAAGUGCACCGAUGGCACGAUUAUUCGAUCGCACACAGGCUUUUGGGGUACCUGGGGCGACUGGGCCCGCUGCCCUGGCCAGGUUGCCUUUGACGGCUUUGCCAUCAAGAAUGUCGACGACACUGCCGCCAAUGCUGUGCGGAUGUACUGCGGAUCAACUAUGUCUGCUUCCGAAGUUGAUGCUGGCAUGGGUGUCUGGUCGGAUAAAGUCUCUUGCCCGCCUGGAAGCGCGAUCUGCGGCUUCCGAAUGCGACUCGAGGAUGAUCAAGGCGCGAUCAUGAACGAUAUUGAGAUGCAGUGCUGCACGAUG